ACCGGAAGUCAACUGCUUCUCCAACUUCAACUUCCUUUUUGAUAUUGUAAAACUGAGAGAGCAUGGCUCCACGUAGAGGAAAGCCUCAGCAGCAAGAGCAGGUGGUUCUUGGACCACAGGCCAAAGAGGGAGAAAAUGUCUUCGGCGUUGCUCACAUUUACGCCAGUUUCAACGACACCUUUGUCCACGUGACUGAUCUGUCUGGAAAGGAAACUAUUGCCCGUGUGACUGGUGGCAUGAAAGUGAAGGCUGAUCGUGAUGAGGCAUCUCCUUACGCUGCUAUGUUGGCAGCUCAGGAUGUUGCAGAACGUUGCAAGACCCUGGGAAUUACUGCCCUUCACAUCAAACUGAGGGCUACUGGUGGCAACAGGACCAAAACCCCAGGCCCAGGAGCACAGUCUGCUUUGAGAGCUCUGGCACGUUCUGGAAUGAAAAUUGGAAGGAUUGAGGAUGUCACUCCCAUUCCUUCAGACAGCACCCGCAGAAAGGGUGGCAGACGUGGCCGACGUUUGUAAAAUGUUGGGAUUUAUUCUGAAUAAAGUAUAUCAAUACUUUUAAAAGAUA